AUGAGGGAGUGGUGGGUGCAGGUGGGGCUGCUGGCGAUACCCCUGCUGGCGGCCUACCUAUACAUCCCGCCCCCCAAGUUCUCCCCUGCGCUCCACUCCUGGAAGCUGUCCGGCAAAUUCUUCACCUACAAGGGACUGCGCAUCUUCUACCAAGACUCUCUGGGCGUGGUUGGAAGUCCCGAGAUAGUCGUGCUUUUACACGGCUUCCCGACCUCCAGCUAUGAUUGGUACAAGAUUUGGGAAGGCCUCACACUGAGGUUUCACCGAGUGAUCGCCCUCGAUUUCCUAGGCUUUGGCUUUAGCGACAAACCGAGACCGCACCACUACUCCAUCUUCGAGCAGGCCAGCAUCGUGGAGGCGCUGUUACAUCAUCUGGGCCUUCAGAACCGCAGGAUCAACCUUCUGUCCCACGAUUAUGGGGACAUCGUGGCUCAGGAGCUGCUCUACAGGUUCAAGCAGAAUCGCUCUGGUCGGCUUACCAUCAAGAGUCUCUGUCUGUCAAACGGAGGUAUAUUCACCGAGACACACCGCCCUCUCCUCCUCCAAAAGAUUCUCAAAGACGGAGGCAUGCUGUCGCCCAUCCUCACACGAAUGCUGAACUUCUUUAUAUUCUCUCGAGGUCUUGCCCCUGUCUUUGGGCCAUACACCCGGCCCUCAGAGAACGAGCUGUGGGACAUGUGGGCAGCGAUACGCAACAAUGAUGGGAACUUAGUUAUCGACAGUCUCUUGCAGUACAUCAACCAGAGGAAGAAGUUUAGAAGACGCUGGGUGGGAGCUCUGGCCACUGUGACUAUUCCCAUUCAUUUUAUCUACGGGCCUUUCGAUCCGGUGACUCCCUACCCAGAGUUUUUGGAGCUGUACAGGAAAACGCUGCCGCGGUCCACAGUGUCGAUUCUGGAUGACCACAUUAGCCACUACCCACAGCUAGAGGAUCCCAUGGGCUUCUUGAAUGCAUAUAUGGGCUUCAUCAACUCCUUCUGA